GGGUCCCGCGCCGGUCCCGCCCUAUGCCAGGCGGCCCGGCCGGCUCCAUAUGAGGCGGCUCCUGGGGAAGCGGCUCCUGGGGAAGCGAGCGAUCUCCACGCCGCGGGUGAGCCCGAGGCCCCGCCGGCAGGGGCCGCCCGCCCGUCCGAGACCUCUUCUGGGAGCAGUCGAGUGCGCUGCUAGAGCGCCCGCCCGCGGGGCCCCUCCGGCCGGUGGCGCGCGCCCUUCUCGGUGGGCGGGCCUGCACCCCCGGGUGCGCGCGGUAAGGCCGGGCAGGCGCAGCCAUGAUGAACAGCAGCGGGAUCGGAGUCCCGUUGGGCUUCCCCCUGGGCCCCACGUCCGUCAUCCAGGUCACGAACCUCUCCUCGGCCGUGACCAGCGAGCAGAUGCGGACGCUCUUCGGCUUCCUGGGUGAUAUCGAGGAGUUGCGUCUCUAUCCCCCGGACAACGCACCUCUUGCUUUUUCCUCCAAAGUAUGUUAUAUUAAGUUUCGUGAAGCAUCGAGUGUUGGUGUGGCCCAGCAUCUAACUAACACGGUUUUUAUUGACAGAGCUUUGAUAGUUGUGCCCUGCGCAGAAGGUAAAAUCCCAGAUGAAGCCAAAGCCCUCUCUCUAUUGGCGCCUGCUCCUACUAUGACAAGUCUGAUGCCUGGUGCAGGGUUGCUUCCCAUACCUACACCAACCCCUCUGACUACACUUGGUGUUUCACUUGGUACCUUAGGGGCUAUACCGGCAGCAGCACUGGAUCCUAACAUUACAGCACUGGGAGAAAUACCACAACCACCAAUUAUGGGAAAUGUAGAUCCAUCCAAAAUUGAUGAAAUCAGGAGAACAGUCUAUGUUGGAAACUUGAAUUCCCAGACUACAACAGCUGAUCAGCUGCUUGAAUUCUUUAAGCAAGUUGGAGAAGUCAAAUUUGUGCGAAUGGCAGGUGAUGAGACGCAACCAACACGAUUUGCUUUUGUGGAAUUUGCAGACCAAAAUUCUGUACCUCGAGCUCUUGCCUUUAAUGGAGUUAUGUUUGGAGACCGGCCACUGAAGAUAAAUCACUCCAAUAAUGCAAUAGUGAAGCCUCCUGAAAUGACACCACAAGCUGCUGCCAAGGAGCUAGAAGAAGUGAUGAAGAGAGUAAGGGAAGCCCAGUCUUUUAUAUCUGCUGCUAUUGAGCCAGAGUCUGGAAAGAGCAGUGAAAGAAAAGGCGGUCGAUCUCGUUCCCAUUCUCGUUCAGAAUCCAGGUCUAGCUCAAAAUCCCGAUCUAGAAGGAAAAGAUCGCACUCAAAACACAGAAGUAGAUCUGGCAACAGAUCUCUCUCAAGACACAAGGACAGACGCAGAUCAAGAAGUCCCCUGAAAAAACGUUCUAGAUCUACAGAAAGACGGAAAUCAAGAAGUCGCUCUCGUUCUCGGGACAAGAAAAGAGACAAAGAAAAGAUCAAGGAAAAAGAAAAGGCCAAAGAAAAAGACAGAGACCGAGACAAGGAGAAGGAUAGGGACCGAGACAAAGACAGGGAAAGAGAGCGAGAUAAAGAGAGAAAUAGGGAGAAGGACAAGGAGAGAGAUAAAGAGCGAAGCAAAGACAGAGAGAGAGCCCGAGACAAAGACAGGGACAAGGAUAAGGACAAAGAUAGGGAUAGGGAAAAGGACAAGGAAAAGGAAAAAGAUAAAGAUAAGGAAAAAGAAAAGGAAGAGGUAGAUCAGAACAAAGAAAAAGAAGAUACUGAGAAAGAAGGAGAGAAGGACAGAGAAAAGAUUAAGGACAAGGAGGGAGAUAAGGACAAAGAAAAGGACAGAGACAAAGAAAAGGAAAAAGAUGGGGAUAAGGAGAAGGAUCGAGAAAAAGAGAGAGAUGAUAAAAAGAAGAAAGAUAAGAGAUCCAGAACACCCCCAAGAAGCUAUAGCUCUUCAAGAAGAUCUCGUAGCGCCAGCAGAGAAAGGCGUAAAAGGAAGAGUAGAAGUCCCUCCAAGUCUCCUAAAACAUCAAAAACAGCAAAAAGGAAGUCUUCACGAACUCCUUCUCCAAGAAGAAACAAGAAAGAAAAGAAAAGAGAAAGGGAUACAAAUAAUGAAAGAAGAGAAAGAGAACGGUCCACUUCCAAGAAAAAAAGUAGUAAAGAAAAAGAGGGAAAGGAGAAAUCUGACAAAAGCACCACUACUUUGAAGGACAAAGAUAACAAUAAAGAAGAUCAGAAUUCAGAGACUGACAAGGAAGUAGACAAUAGAGAUACGCAAAGGACAGAUGAAGUCAAGCUACAACAGAACGGGAACUGUCAACCAAAUGAAGAAAACCUCUCCAUUAAAAUGGAAGAGGUUUAAAGCAAAGAAUGGACUUAUAAUUCAACUAAGGAAUGAAACCCAAAGCAUUUUAUUUCCCAGAAUGAGGAAGAAAAUGUCAAAGCAAUCAACCUGAACCUGUUGAUAGUACUAGUAGCUCCUCCAAUUCUUGUGAUAGCUUUGUUGUCUUCUUGCUGUAAAGCAAGAUAGGACGGACCAGUAGUUAUACCAUGAAAAGGCAGAUGCCAUCAGAACUAUUCAUCUCUUGAAAAUCCAUGCUUUUCCAUGAUGGCUGUACUUGUAAAAUGAUUUAUGUUAAGUUUUGCUAUAAGCUGUUACAAAUAACUAGAAACUGAAAGAUGUAAACCUGUACUUCCCAAAAAAAGCUGAAGAUAUGCAUUGAAGGUUGUUUAAAAUACUGCUUGUUGAUGGCGUUUGUAUUGUUUUGCCCUGUAGGUUAAAAAAUCCACAAAAAUUUCAAUGUGUGCUGUUUGAUGUGCUUGAAAAUGGUGCAUAAAUAUACACACUUUCUUUCCUAGUAAAUGACAACUGUAGGGAAAGGGGGUUUAAGCAUAAACACGGUUUUACUGUUCUUAUGUUAAAUACUCACAGAUUAGUAUGUUUUUCAUUUGCUCACUGCUUGAGAUUCUUAGGGUUUAUUAUUUAAAAUAAUUUCUUACUAAUAUCCCUGAAAUUAAUAUUUCUUUUGAAGUGUUUGAACAAUGCAUGCGCUUUUUCUGUUCCUAAAAGGAACAUUGCCAUGUUAUAGGUAUUAGGUUAGCUUACAGGGUUGUUUUGGAGUUGUUUGUUUUGUUGUUUUCUUUGUCCUUAGAGAAGUGAGCACAUCUAUAUGAUGAUACCAGAACUUACAGCUUUGUUUUGAAAUGUACUGCAGUGUGUCUGUUCAGCUGAAAAUAGUACAGGUGCCAUUAAGAAAAUAAAUUUUUCGUUAAAAAAAUAUGGGAGCACAAGCAGAAGCUUUAGUGCCUUCUUAAAAUGUGGUAUUUUCUAGAAAUGUAUAUGUGCUGUUACACAUUUUCAGCUAAAUCUUAUUUGAUCUCUCUUGCUACUUUGCCACCACCAUGCUGUAGACAAGAAUGCAAGUGACUUGCCAGAACGAUUGUUUGAUUCACUUGUUAAAAUACUGAAGCUCCAUCUUACUUUUUUUUUUCCUUAGAUUUAUAAAUAAGAGGAAAGAUGUCAUUUGGGGACCACCACUGUACAAAAGUAGUAGCUGAAUACAAAAUGUGCUCUGAUCAUCUGCAUCAAAGAAAGCCCUCAAGACAUUUAAUAUACAGUUGGAUGGCCUUAAUUGUUACCUCUCUGUUAUUUUCUCUGAUACCUGUUGGGCUAUAUAAAAGGAAUGGCAUGCAAAGAAACAGGGGAUAAAUAAUAUGAGGAAGAAAGUUCUAAUUUACAUAGGGCUUACACAGUAGAGAUUCUUUUUUCAUUUUUUGUGGAGAAAGCAUGUAAGAAGAGAAGGACAAAAGAACUAUUUUUGUCAAGGCAAAACGUGGCUGUGUUCUCUGAACUAGUUUAAUUGGUUACAUGAGAUUUCUGAUAAGUUAUACUUUUAAGACAUUAUCAUAUCUAAAAUCACGUAGAUUAUUUUUAGUACAACUUAAUGCAAUCAAAUUACUUAAUUGCCUUACCUCAUGGGACGUGUUAAUUCUUUCAGUUAAAAUAAAAAAUUGAGUGUAUUGGCUAUUUGCUUUCUACUUGUUUUACUUUUCCUCUGCAUAGUUAAAUUUUUUCAGUGGAAGGGAAGCAUAUUACAGGGAAUGAAAACUUUGCCCAGCUCCUAAGGUAAUGAAAUCCAAUUUGAUUGUGAAGCAAAGCUGCUUAAUCACUCCGCAUUUUCGAUAACAUUUAAUGUUCUUGCCACUGUGUACAUUUAAGACAACAGAAAAUGCUUUACCAUGUAAAGUAUAGAACAGCCAUUUUUGUGAUUUUAAGCCACAUGCUGUUGGCUGGUAAACAGCUAAUUCUAAUAAAAGAAUAAAAAAUCUGUAUGCUUACAGGAAGACUGUGAAAGAUUGUCUUGCAACAACAGCUGUCUUAUUUAUGAUGUGUAAGUAGCAUAGAGCAAAGAGAUUGUUUGUAUACUUGUUAUCUUUGGUACCAUUUCACUAAUAAAAUAAGUAUUUUAGAGGGAAGUUUCUGCUGGUACAUACUUUUUAAAGGAGUAUUUUUAGACCAUCUAGUCUUAUUCAUAGAGCUUUUUUCAUCUGAAAUGGGGAUACUAGUGAAAAUAUAUAUGUAUGGUGUCUUUGAAAAGCUAAGUUUCUCCUUUGGGAAGAGCUAGAAUUCUUUCCGUGUAUCAUAUUUUAGCUGGUAUUAGUUUGAUUUCUUGAGUUUUGUUAGCCUGAAAUAGCAUAUCUCUGUGAUGUAUCAGUUAUAAAAUAUGUAAAUGAUUAUGUACCCUUAGCUGAGAAACAUGCCUUUGGAAGUUAAUAGUUAUGAAUGGCAGCCUUAACUUACUCCUAGCUAGUUUAUCCCAUGUCUGAGGUUAUAUGCAGCACAUUGUUACAUUGUAUGUUCAUUAUGAUUCCCUUACAAAAAGUGUCCUGGGGGUUUUAGGGUUUUUGGUUGGUUGGUUUUGUUGGUUGUUUUUUUGUUAAGGAAAAAAACCAACCAAAACAACCAGCCACCAAAUAUACACAUUUUCUCCCCUCCUCAGGUCAUGUUUUCUUGCAAACACUGUGUUUUCUGGUUUUGCUUUGUAAAUACUGUGCAGAUCUGUGAGGUAGUUAUUAUCUGUCCCUUCUUAUCAGGUGUUGCUAAAAAGCCACUCCUGGAGAACUGUUACUCUGUAAAAUGCUUAUCUCUGCAGAGGGUAGCUCACUUAAAAACUGAUAGCAUAGCACAGUAAUAAAGUUCCAUCCUGCUCCUACAGGAUUGAGUGCAUCAUCCACUUCCAUAGGAAGUCCAUUGCCUUCAUCAUUAACAAGCUUGUGUGCUGAGCUGCUGUGUCAGAUCAUUUGGUUUUGCACUUUAUAAAUAGGUUUAACUUGGGUGGAAGUUUUGAGAACAGCGUAGUUCAUGACAGCUGUAUUGUUUUACACAUAGUUUCAUCUGAAUCGGCCCUUACUUGAAAAUGUAAUUGCUCAGAAGAGUGAUGAUCUGGUGCCAUUUUGCUAAGAUCACAUAAAGCACAUAAGCUGCCAUUAGUACCCAUAGCUAUUUCCCAACAGGAUUCUGGGUAGCAGACAGGAUUUUUCUUUACGUUCUGAAAGAAGAAGGUAGUAGAAGAGAACUUCUUGGUGGAUGAAACAGGAUGUUAAAACUGAAGAUAGAGGUGGCUGUGGCUCAGAUGAUUUAAUCAAAGUCAAUGGAUUUACAAAGGUGUGAGGCAUGGAAUUUUAUUUGCAGACACCAAUAGUAGUAUGGUAUGUAAAGAAUUCUUAGUUUUCAUAUGUCGGAAUUGGAAUUGGGGAUAAUAAAAGCACUUGGUUAGAAACUAGAAAUAUCUGAAGAAUACUUGGGAAAUUGGUGAGAUGUGGGUUUUGCCUAUUCAUUAAUCACCUCCUAAUUUUUUUGAUGGGAGUUUCAGAUAGAUAAAUGUGUCUGAACAAGGUUUAUAUUAGCUGGCUGACAGCAACCUAUGCACAGCUUCGAUUCUGAAAGUUGUGGACACUUCCGUGUAUUUACUCUGCUGCAGCGAAGUUAAAUUCGGUAGUCUGUAGCAUGCUUUGCAUUGCUUGCUACUGUUCUCUUAGUUACAUCUAAGGCAGUACCUGAAUUACUUUGAAACUCUUCAGAUCUGUUACAUAGUAGCUUCUUUCAAGCCUUUAGCUUGUACUGGUAUUUUGUAAUAGUUACUAGAUUAGGAAUUACGGGAUUUUCUUUUGGUCUAAGAAAGAGCUAGUUAAGUAAAGCCUGCUUUGUAUGUUAUAAAUUACUGUAUACGUAUUGCCAGUCCUUAUUUAGUUAUUUUUCAUUCAUGUGUGUGACCAUUGCAAACAGUAAUGCCAUAGUGGUGUGUGUAUUGUCUACUUUUAGGUCUGAAGCAUCUCUGCAUCACUUCUAUAAUGAAACAAGAUCAGAGCUCAUGUGUUGUUAGAGGGAAAAAAAAAUCCAAAAUAAUCUUGAACUUUUAAAGUGUUAGUGUGAUAAUAGCAUUGUAGUGGUGAAACAAUCUUUUAAGAUGUGAAUUGUGAAUCAUUAUCUGGGUCAUAUGCCACUUGGUGGUAGUUUUCCAUUUUAUAGCAAUCAAAUACUGCCUUUGGUGUUAUCAUAAUUUUUAAAGUGAAAAUUUUACUUAGUGGCAUAAAUGCUGAAAUAUGUGGAUAUCUAAAAUCCUGUCAAUCACUGGACAUUUAGUUCAGAGAGAUGUAGUUUUCCUACCAGAGACUGGAGUGUGGAGAGUAUAUGUAGACAUCAUUAAGUGUUAGUGCCUAAAGAGAAUCUAAAAUUUAAUUUUGUUUGCUAAUACAUAAACAGAACAGAAAAUUUCAGCUUGUACUUUAGCUUUAUUUUUAUAUGUUGAAAAGUAUAAUUAAAAGUAUAUUGAAACUAAAAGCACUGUACAAAAGGAUUUUUUUUUUUUUAAUGUAAGAGAACCCCACUUUCCUCUGUUUAAUUUUAGACUUCUAAAAAAUGUCAUGGCAUGCAGUGUUUAUUUCUAAUUCAAGACUGCCUCAUUUGUAGGUAUGUCCUAUUGCAGAAUGUGAACACAUUUAGCACAAGGGUUUCUUUUGUAUUCUCUUCAAUGUAAUACAGUUUAAUAAACGUCCCAAUAUGUGGAGGCAGCAACUUUCCCUCUAGUUUGAGGAGAUGAAGCUGUUAACACUUCACUUCUGUAUUGUUUGAGUAAAUACUACAGUUGAGAAGCUAUCUACCAACUUCAGCUUUCAGUGUGUUCUGAACAUGUGAACUGUUACUAUCUAAGAGGGCAAUUCUUUUUUUUUAUUGUCAUGACAGUUUUAAGAUAGUUGAGCUUAAUACAGGAGAACACGGACAGCAAAAAACAGGGGUUUAGCUCUUUAUACUGUUCUGGAAAGUUUCAGCUUACACUUUAAAAAAAAAAAUUGAUACAUUUUUUAUGUUCAGCUAUUGCCAAAUUUGAUGUGAGAGCAGAGAUUUUUGGUGUACAAAGUGUAUUCUCUACUAAUUGUUAAUGAAAUUAUUCUUUUUCCAUUGAAAAGGCUGUAUGUGUCUUUUUUGACCUGAAAAACUUAUCUGCAAUAGUAAAAGAAUAAUUUCAUCUCUCUUUCAUGCAGUUCUUGAUAUCCUUAAUGAGACUGCCAGUUAACUGGCUUUCUUAGAAGAUGUUGCUCUAUUCUUUCCCUAGUGCAAAGAUUUGGAACUGCUAGUGCACUGAUGAGUAAAUCAUGGGGCACUUAGAAAUUGCUACUUUGAAAAGCCAUCGUUUACAUAACAAUCAAAGGAAUGACUGAUUUGGCCCAGAAAGAUCAAGAGAGUAAUGUAACUUUCACAGAUUAUGUAGCCUAUCAGCAGGUCCUUUCUGGUAUUUUCCCCGCUGAUACGGGAGCUGUGUCUAAUUUGUUACUCACAAAUCGCACCUAUCACAGUCUGGGUUCACAUAUACCUGAGGAACCUAAGCACCACAGCAGCAAAAAUACUAUUUUCCUUCUCUUAAGUUUGAUAUUUCUGUUAAUAAUGUAGGUAUUCAAAGUUUAAUUACCAGGUAACCACACUUGUGCUAUGUUGGUAGAGUAUAUUUUUGCAUUAAUGAAGCAACUAUGAAAAUGGUACGUGUAAAGAAAUGUUAAAUGCUAUUACGUUGUUGUUAUUUUCAUAAAUAAACCAUGUCCCAAAGUUCUAA